AUGGCGAUCACAGCACUUAUGGCUCAUUCCAUUUCACUUGUCUUCGUUAAAAAGGACGGACGAAAUAUUUGUGUACACGCGGAACAUUUCGGCUGGUCAAUCUCGAUCCUGAAAAGGGACCUUAAAACGGAGACGUGUCAAGACCAUCAGCAACAGCAACAGCAGCAAGUUAAGCAGACGGGAAACAUGAAGCACAAGUUUAGAUUUAGCGGCUCAGUCUCGCUGCCUCCCUCGUGGUUACCAGUGCUAGGGAUCUUCCUCUCUUUGCGGGCUUCUGCCUUUCAAUCUGUGUAUCUUCGCAAAAACAUCGUGUCGCAGCAAACGAGCGCACUGCAUAUGUACACCACUUUCUACCGCUCACCUUGUCCGCACGAGGACCUACCUCACUCUAGAAAAUCUCUUGUACGGCUGUGGCAAAUUCGAUCCGAUCAGCAGCACACGGAGGAUUACUUCCGAUUUAUUGAAGGAAAAGAGGAGCCUGAUAAUGGGGGGGUGUGGGACAAGACGAUCUGCUUCUCGGGCGUGACGACUGUAUACCCACCGUCUUGA